AAAUUUUAACACAUUCAAUCAAAGUUUGAUUUUGUGAAGAACGAAAAUGGGGGGGACGCAGCUGUUUUGGUCCUCCUUCUGUAUAAUGUUACUCAGUUCGAAUUUCGUGAUAGCCUGCGAUGAAAAAGGGCUAUGUUUGUUGGAGGCUCUCAAAGAAAUGAAAGAUUGUAAAAAGACAGCGUUGGCUUCGUUACUGAAGCCGCUGCUCUCUAAGCUUGAAAAGAAAGAGAAACUUGUAUGCAGUAAAUGCGGCGCUAAAGAGCCUCCACCACCUCCAGCAACGAUUGUUUUGAUGCCAGCUUGUCCACCGCCACCAUGUUUACCCCCUCCACCAGCGCUACCUCCAAUAAUAUUGGCUCCACCUCCGGCACCCUGUUUUUCGCCAGCGCCCUUAUGUCUUCCUGCACCACCCCCAGCCCCAUUAAUGCUCCCCGCACCAGCGCCAAUAUGUAUCCCUGCACCAGCUCCGAGCCCUUACUUUCUACCUGCCCCAGCACCUGCACCUCUAUGUCUGCCUCCCCCAGCACCUGCACCUCUAUGUCUACCUUCCCCACCUCCAGCACCUCUAUUUUUGCCUGCACCUCCACCAGCGCCUAUUAUGUUGCCAGCUCCUGCCCCUGUACCAUUUAUGCUACAACCCCCGCCAGCUCCUCUUUGUUGUCCUCCACCACCUGCGCCUGCACCAAUUGUUAUAUCAUUGGUGCCCCCCGCACCACCACCUCCUCCACCGUGCGCCUUACCGCCACCUGGACUGCCUAUGACUGCGUAUAUGGUUCCAUCUCCUAUUCCAAUAACAUUGGAGCCGAAACCUCUAGAACUUCCGCCUCCGUGUGGUUGCCAUUAUUAUUAAAUUAGUACCUUUAAUGAAUUUACUUUUAAGCAAAAUAUUUAUUCAUUAUUUUAGGUGCGUUUCCAUUGAAAUAAUUGGCAAUUUCUAUGUCUGCAACUUGCAAUACAUUAAGAAGUUGCCAACAACAGCAAAGGAAAAUUUUUGUUGACAAAUUAUAGUAAUUAUAGAAAUAUUUAUUAACAUAAAAGUUGAAUAUAUUUUAUUUGUGGAUGGCGCUGUAUGUAUCUUGUAUUAAAUGUCAUUACGAGAAAUACUUUAUCAUUUAUUGUGUAACAUUGCAAACAAUGUUACUCAUCAGCCCUAUUAUUUUGAAAUACGUGGUCUAUAAUUUGGAACGGCACAAUACAAAUGCAUAUGAUUUAUAAUUUAUGAUCCAAUUAUUCGUCCUCACACAAAAAUUAAAUUUCAACAAGAUAUUUUGUAACAAUUCUAAAAUUAAAAAUAUACAGC